GGUUGGCAAGCUGCAGCCUAAGGCACAUUGUAACUUCCUCAGCUGAGUUCUCAGGGGACAGAAUGACGAAGAACAAUAGCCCAGUCAAUACUUAGAGCAGUGUUCUCAAGGAAUCCUGCAGAGACGGUUUCUGAAAAGCCAAGGUAGUAUCUGCCUACUAAAGGUGUUCUCAGGAUCUCAAUCUCUCUUCUCCAGGCACCAUAUCACCUGCCCUUCUGGCUACUCUCCUACCUGUUGUGCCUAAUCACAGCUAUCAUGCCUCGAGGUCAGAAGAGUAAGCUCCGUGCCCGUGAGAAACGCCAGCGGACCCGUGGUCAGACCCAGGAUACCAAGGUUGCUCAGGCCACUGCAGCAGAGAAAGAAGAGUCUCAUUCCUCUUCCUCAUCUGUUUUGGGGGAUAUUCCCUCCAGCUCCCCUGCUGCUGGCAUUCUGCAGAGGCCUCAGAGAGCACUACCCACCACUGGUGCUGCAGCUAUGUCAUGCACUGGAUCUGAUGAAAGUGACAAGAGCCAAGGUGAGGAAAAGGCAAGUUCCUUCCAGGCCUCAACAUCCACUGAGAGCUCAAUCAAAGAUCCUAUAACCAGGAAGACGAAGAUGUUGGUGCAGUUCCUGCUGUACAAGUAUAAAAUGAAAGAGCCCACUACAAAGGCAGAAAUGCUGAAGAUCAUCAGCAAAAAGUACAAGGAGCACUUCCCUGAGAUCUUCAGCAGAGCCUCUCAGCGCAUGGAGCUGGUCUUUGGCCUUUCCUUGAAGGAAGUCAACCCGACCAGUCACUCCUACACCAUUGUCAGCUUGCUGAAUCCCACCAACGAUGGAAACGAGAGCAGUUCCUGGAAAUAUCCAAGGAAUGGGCUUCUGAUGCCUCUACUGAGUGUGAUCUUCUUAAGUGGCAACUGUGCCAGUGAAGAGGAAAUCUGGGAAUUCCUGAAUGUUUUGGGGAUCUAUGAUGGUAAGAGGCAUAUCAUCUUUGGGGAUGCCCGAAAGCUUAUCUCCCAAGAUCUGGUGCAGGAAGAAUAUCUGGAGUACAAGCAGGUGCCCAACAGUGAUCCCCCACGCUAUCAAUUCCUGUGGGGUCCAAGAGCCUAUGCUGAAACCAGCAAGAUGAAAGUCCUAGAGUUUUUGGCCAAGGUGAAUGAUACCAUCCCCAGUAACUUCCCACUCCUUUAUGAAGAGGCUUUGAGAGAUGAAGAAGAGAAAGCCAAAGCCCGGCCCAGAGUUGCAGCCAGGCGUGGCACUACUGCCAUGACUAGUGCACAUUCAAGGGACACAUCCAGCAGCUCUUCCCACCCCAUGUGAGAUCUAAG